AUGGCUGACGCAGAGCUCGAAGAGAUCAGGCGAGCUCGCCUUGCACAGCUCCAGCAGCAGCAGCAGCAGGGUGGCCAGCGCGGAGGGCCUAGCCAAGAAGGUGGCCAGGAAGAUCAGAGGAGGCAAGCCGAAUCUGACCGCCGUGCCGCCAUCAUGAGCCAAAUUCUCGACCCCGCCGCUGCCGAUCGUCUCGGCCGCAUCCGCCUCGUUAAGGAGUCUCGUGCCGUCGACAUCGAGAAUCGACUUAUGAUGCUAGCCCAGACCGGCCAGAUCCGUCAAAAGGUGACCGAGGAACAGCUGAAGGAGCUCCUGAACGCCGUGGCAGAAAACCAGCGCAAGGAAGAGGAGGAACACAAGAUUGUGAUUAGCCGGCGUAAAGGCGGCUGGGAUGACGAUGAUGAUUUGCUCGAUCUGUAG